GAAGCUUACCGUGCGACUAUUUUGGUGAACGCUUAUCAAGCACAAGCUUAAACACAAAUCGAAAACAAAAUUAAAAAAAUAAUAAAAAAAUAAAAACGAAAAACACAAUGUAUGCACAAUAAGUAUGAAUAAAAGAAAAUAAAAUAAAAAUACACCAGACACAAAUUUGUGUAUAAAAGUAUAUAAAAUAAUAAUAAAAAAUGUCAAUGAAACAUCAUAAAUUUGAUCAUAAAAAUGUGCAAAAUGACGAUGGCGAUGAGGAGGUUGUUGAACUUUUGGCAGGAUCAACACAAAUACGUAUUAUGCCAAAUGCUGAAUUUCCAAAUUAUAAAGAUAAUAGCAAAUCAACAUAUACCUGGAAGAUGCUCACAAGUAAACCGUCCUCAUUAGAGCAUGACGAUGAUGAUUGUACACCAGCCAAUGAUCAACAGACAACUAUGCCACCGAAUAAUAAUGAAUUGGUCUCAGCGAUAGCGAAAACAGAACCAGCGACGACAGACACAACAUUAGAUGCUCACAAAGAUACCGCAAGUAACAGCAACAGUAACACUGCCAUAGCUCAACACAGAAACAGCGGAUCUAGGGAUUCAAAUGGUGGUAAACCAGUUGACACUUAUAUACGAACUUCUAAGAGUAGUGGCCAUAGUAAUGGUGGUGGUGGCGACAACAGUAACGGUGAUAAUGCCGAUGAAGACGAUGGCGAAGAGACUGAUAUUAUCGGCGACUUAGUGGGUCACUUUGGCAAAUGGCAGUUAUUAAUGACAGUUCUAUUGUCACUAUUUCAAGUACCCAAUACAUUUCACAUAUCAUCCUCAGUAUAUCAAGCAGCCAACAAAGAAUUUUGGUGUAGACGUCCAGCGCAUUUGCAACAUUUACCCGUCGAUGUGUGGCGUAAUUUAAGCAAUUCCAACGAUAACUGUUACCAAACUCCAGUCGACUGGAGCAUUAUUAGCAAUGAUACCAAUGAGCAAAUGCAUCAGCAACAAUCCAUAUUGAAGUCUCUCAUGGAGAACAACAAUCGUACUGCGUGUUCAUCAUGGGAAUAUGCAGUCAAUGACAAUGUAGGGAAUAGUUGGACCUCACAAUGGGAUCUCGUCUGCGAUAAGGAAUAUUUGAAAAAUGUUGCUGAAAUGUUUUUUCUAUUGGGUGUGGCAACCGGUGGCAUUAUAUCGGGUUAUCUUUCGGAUAAAUUUGGACGUAAAACAAUGCUUUUCAUAUCGGCUGUAUUACAGACAAUAUUUGGUCUAGCACUAUAUUUUGCCCAAUCUUUCGAAAUGUACAUAACAUUGAGAGCACUUUUGGGUCUGGUAUCUGUAUCGGUUACAUAUUCUGGCCUUAUUUUAGCCAUAGAAUAUGUUGAUGGAAAAUGGCGUACCAUUGCCGGCAUGUAUAAUCUCUUUCCACUGCCAAUAUCGUACAUGCUAAUUUCCGGCAUUGCGUAUCUAACACAGGACUAUCAACGUCUUCAGUUAUGUAUCGGAAUACCAGGAAUCUUUUUGUGUUUUUUAUGGUUUGUUGUACCCGAAUCUCCACGUUGGCUACUGGUCAAGGGCCGUGUCGAAGAGGUGAAACGUAUUAUACAAGCAGCAGCUGAUUUUAAUAAACGUGAAUUGCCACCCAAUUUUGAGUCCCUACUGAAACCCCCCACCCAAGAAGUCAGUUCACAGGAUUUUUUCUGCCUCUUUAGAUCGCCCUACUUAAGACGUAUUACAAUUUGUUUUCUUUGCAUCUGGUUCACUAUGAAUUUGGCUUAUUAUGGUUUCAUAUUGAACAUGAGUACAUUCGGUGGCAAUGUCUAUCUCAAUUCGGCAUUAGCAGGUCUAGUCGAAAUACCUGCAAUUGCAAUUGCUAUAUAUAUUAUAUCGAAAGUUGGUAAAAAAUGGCUGUUUAGUGCCACUCUAAUUUGUGCCGGCAUUGCCUGCUGUUGUGCAGCAAUUACAGAGGGAAAAGAGGAUAUUUUAUGGUUAAAAAUUACUUUCAUCAUGAUUGGAAAAUUUACAAUAAGUGCGGGUAACACCAUUAUGCCCGUUUAUACAGCGGAAUUGUAUCCAACAGCCAUACGAAAUGUCGGUGUGGGAGCAUGUAAUGUUGCAGCUGGUUUGGCUCUUAUAUUAACACCAUAUUUGUCGUUAUUGACUAAAAUUGAAGAUCAUUUAUUAAUGUCGCUUUUAACGGCUUGGUGCCUAUUUGGUGGAUUUGUUGUAUUAUUUUUACCUGAAACCAUGAAGCAACACUCAAAAGCACAAGCUCAAGAAGAAAAAUGUUAGAAGUUUACAUUAUGUUUGUGUAUCACAAAGAAUUUCCAGUAUAAAUAUUUAAAACAGCAAAACAAAUUUAGCUUAAAUUUUGGCUGGUCCAGAAUUUAGGAAUAUGUUUUCAUCAAUAUCAUUUUUAUUUUAUUAAGAACCGAUAAUUUUCAUUAUCUCUUUUUUAUCUACUUUACUCAAACGAAAUAAGAAAAUUUUUUAAAUACUCAAAGCAAAAUUUCAUUUAUGUUUAAAAUAUUAUUUUAUACAUUUAAAUAAUUGUUUUGUUACUGAAGCACAGCAGGCAGGACCUUUAAGUUACGAAUUUCAAAAACCAAAAAAAUAUACAUAUAUAUUUAAUAUAUACAACACAUAUCCCCCACACAAAUACUUAUAUACACAAAUAUUAUUAGUACAUAAUCUCGUACACAAUAACGUUUUCAUAUUCAUCAUAUGGAAACGGAAAUUAAAUAAACUUUGUUAAGUUGUUUCUCAUUCACACAUACACACACUUUUAUACAUAUAUUGCACACUUGUAGUGAGUGUUGUAAAUAGUAUACAUUACAUGUUACCAUACAUAGGAUUAAAACUAGAAAUAGUUGCAACACAACUUGCUACAUUUUCAUUAUGCAAUGUAAUUAUUGUUAAACUAAAAAGAAAAUUGUUUAAAAAAUGUUUUAAUGUUUUCACAAGUAAAUUGUUUUUAAACAAAUAAGAAAACAAUUUGUACAGAAUAUGUAGCCAAAUCUGUAAAUUUUUUUCUAAGUGAAUGACAUGCAUAUUUCUUGCACCCUUCACACAAUGCGAUUGAUUACAAAAAAUACAUGUCAAUAAAACCAGAACCUAAUUUAAGGUUAUAUGCGUUUGUCAAUAUGUUUGUAAGAUCUACAAAUAUGCUCCUACAACUCAAAUAUACUCCAUAUUGAAGUUAUUAUCCAUCCUUAAGGAUGGAUUGAUCCAUUUUUCGUAUAGCCCACUUAUAAUUGUCCCUUAAACUUAGAAUUCGUACUGUGAAUGGUAUGGUAACAAUUGGUCCUAGACUAAAUUACCUAUUUGACGAUAAGCGAUAAAAUUCAUAUGUAUUAUAUGUAUCACAUUGAUUCGCAUAAAAGUUGGAAAAUAGAUCACAUCACAUUAAUAUGAAAAAUGGUAUCAGAUUUGUAUAGUAGAGGCUUUGGACUUUAGAACUGCACAUAUUGUGUUUAGUAAUUGGUUGAAGAUUUUUCUUGUUAUAAAUUAGCAAAAUAACAUUAGAAAUGUCACAAAAAAACGACAAGUUUGAGAUGAAUUUUAAAUAAAUUUAUUAAUAAAUUCAGAAACCUAAAAGGUGUCAAUUAAACCCCACAUUUAAUAUUAUCACGGUUAAGUACCAGAUGACCUUCAUAUAUAGAAUAUUGAAGCUAGAACAACUGCAUAAUAUCAUAAAGCCAGUCACGACAAACAUUUUAUUACAGUUUUCUUUUCUCUAAGGAAAUUAAAAAGUAUUUAAGAACUACAUAUUUCCUAAAAGCUGUAAUUUACUUGUCUUAAAAUUAUAUUAUUUACUCUCUUGUAAGAAUUACGUAAAAUUUAUAUAUCAAGUGAAACACUGAUUAAGAAUUCGUUUAAAUUUAAUAUAAAUAUGAAUCAAAUUAAAAUCUCCAAAUUAACUUUUAUAAACUAUAGUUAUUUAUAUGUAUGAGUGAAAAAGCAAACUUAUUUCCGGUUACAAAAAUAAGUCAAGUAAAAUGUUAAACUUUUUGUAUAAUCACUCUGGGGAGAAAGAAAUACACUAUUAACUCUUUUCAAACAAAAAAAAAAUAUUUUAAAACAAGUAUGAAUUUAUGUCGGUAAUGGCCGAACAUAUGAUACCAUACACCAGUUAGUAUGUUAAAAAUGUACAUUAUUUUUUAAAUAAUAAAGCAUUCAAUUUGUUUUUCCGGAAUAUUUUUGGAAUGGUUUUGAAGGGGAGUAGUGGGGCUAGGGCCAAAUGAGGCAAACAACAAAAACCAGUAUUGUCUUUUAAAGUUCUAUAAAACUAAGUUAUGCAGACUUUUGUUGACAUAAUAAAACAUUUAACUUAAUUAUGAGCCCAAAAGCCUUAUUCGGGGGUACCGAUUUUAAAUAUUUUUAAUAGCAUUUGUCCUCGGGUCAAGAGAAGAGUAUGAGUCAAAUUUCAUUAAAUUAUCUGGAAAUCCGAUACAGACAGACGGACAGCUAAAUCGAUUGGUAUACUUUAAGGUGGAUGUCGGACCAAUAUUUUUGGCUGUUGCAAACAUCAACACAAACGCAUAAUACUCUUCCCACUAUAGUGGUGUAGGGUAUAAUGAUACCAUUUGCAAACAUGUUUUGCAACAAUUUUGACUGUAAACCUUCAAUCGUUAUGCCAUGCCAUGUUUUUGUAUGUAUGUACGGACAGACGGACAUUAAAACCAUUGUAGUAUGCUUGAAUGAGAAAUCAACUAAAAUUGUACAUUUUUCUUUAAACAAAAGUAAACAAAUAAAAAUUAUAAAAAAUAAAUAAAAAAAUAAAUAAAUGUAUGUAUUUUUAGCAAGUAGUCAAUUACUUAACAAUUAUUUAACU